AAAUAUUAGUGGUUCCUCCACUGAAAAUCAAGAAAUUUGGCUAGAAAUUGGCUCUGCAUCUUUAGGACCUUUUAUUCUUGAGUUGGCUUCUUCAUUAUCUGACUCUGAUAAAAAUCUCCAUCUAGUUCAACACAAAUACCUUAAACUUCAUGAUGACCGUUACAAAAGAUUAUGGUUUUUGUGGCCGAGUGACAGUAGGUCUUUAGUAACUGGAAAAUGUGGUUGUGUUGGAGGCUGUGCAUUUUUUGGUCGUAAUUUGAAUGGUCAACGUUUUUUCAAACCAUCAAGAAAUGAUAUUAAUGAUGGCAUCAAUAUUGCAGCUUUUAGAAUAAACGAAAGUGAAAAAGAUCCAGGAUUUGGUCAAAGUAUUUUACAUGAUUGUCAAUUAAUAUUUCAUACACCACCUUAUAAUAUUGGUAGUGGUGUUGUUAUUCAUGACUAUCCAAUUCCACAGUGGCCAAAUAUUCGUCAUGUAAACAAGAUGUACCAAGAUCAAUCUGAGGGAAGCAAGAGCAGUCCUAAUGCCCCAACAAAUUUACCAUAUACAAUAGACAGUGAAGAUAUACCUUCUCCUUUGCCUACACACCCAUUAUCUAGACGUUUCUCGUAUUCAUCUGCUGCCAGCAGACUAAAUGGAAUACAAACAAUAAGUCGCGAAGUGCCAUAUUCGCGUCUAAUCGAUGCCAGUCCAACCCCUAUACUUAAAAUGGAUUCACGACCACCAUCACCUCUCAGAUUUAAUACCACUAGGUCUAUACUGAGUGUACCCGAAAAUACACUAGCUGUAGACAAUGGUGCUUGUCCAAAGUAUAGUGUCUCAGACUCUAGACUUGCUGUUGACUAUUUUAAUACAACAGCCCUACAGUAUAAUGCACUUAUAUCUGGUGCACAGAGUAAUUCAAGUACUGCUGCUAAUACUGAUUCCUUGCAUCAGACCAGUUCAAAACAUCCAUAUUCACGAACAAUAUCAAUAACUAGUGAUAAUCCAUCUGAAGUGUUUUUCUCAGCUGAGGAAGAUCUUACUUUAACUAGUAGCCUAAAAAGUACUGAACGAAUUCCAUUAGGUUCAACCCGGUGUUCUUCAUUAAAAAGUUCUUUAAAUAACAGUGGUAUUGGUCCAAUGGAAUCAUUUAUCAAGAAUCAUUUUGGAAGUGAAACUACAAUGAUAUCAAACAGUCCAGCUGUAUUAAGCAAUAUUCCAGUUCUUAAUGAUUCAUCAGUUAACCUUCAAGACCAUACAAUAAUAAAUAUAGAUACCUUAGAAUGUGAUUUAGCUGAUGAUGAAAAAACAUUACUUGCUGUAGAUAUGAGCAGAGAUAUAACUCAAAGUCCAUUCUUAAAAUCUAAACAUUUAAUUGAAAAUGAAAAUGAUGCUGGGAUUAUAGAUUCAUCAGAUUCUCGAUCAAUUUCUAGCACAUCUUUUAUGUCUGCUGUAUCAUCUCAAGAAGAUUUGGCACUUGUAAAUUUACAUAUGCAUAUUAACAAGCCUAUUGUGGAUUCUCCAUUAUUACUCACUACCUACACAAAUCAUUUGUCACAAACGAGCUGUACAAAUUGGUCUCAAACAUCAUUACCAGCAGGUUCUGAUGUGUUUACUGUUCCAAUUUAUCAGCCCACUGUAGAUGAUCGUCUUGUAUUUAUUGGUAGUAGAUUUUUACCUAAAUUUGAAACUACAACUGAAGGUUUUACAAGCUUAAAAAUGGUGUCUAGAACUGAUAUUAAAGAGAAGGAACCUAGUCCACUUACAGCAUCAACACAUACCUCUAAAAAGUAUACAUGGGAUCAAUCACAGUUUGAUUUUACUCAGAAUGCGAAAGAAACAUUUGAAAUUGAUUGUGAAGAGGAAAUGGUAUCAUUAAGGAGUGAAACAGGCACUAGAACAACUGUUGUUAUUAAACUUAAAGGAGAUAUUGAUUUAAUGGUAACCCCAUUAGCAUUAGAAUCACUACAAAAAUUUGUUGAUAGUUUAAUUCCAACAUUUAGUAAUCUUCACCCACUUACUGUCUUAAACCAUUUGCAUUCAAGUUGUAUUAGUCGUGUUGAAGCUGCUAAUAUACUUAAACGUGAUAAAUAUUUAAGUCAAAUGCAAGGUGGAGGAAGUAAAAGAAGCACAGUGGAAAGAGUAAAAACAAAUGUAAACAAAGAUGCUCCACUAGAUUUACAACAACCGAAUCGCAUUUAUGAAGAGUUUAUUGCUUCACAAAUACAAGGAACUGUAAUUUUACCAAAAAUAAACAUUUGUGUUCUACAAGCCUCUAUUGUUGAAGAAGUUAUAUCAUUUUCAGCUUUAGAUAAUAUCAGAGACUUAACAUGUGUAUCAUUAUUAGCUAUUUGCUUCGAAGAACUUACAACUAAGUUUCAUUUUAGUAAACAAGCAAGAGAAAUUGUACAAACAUAUCAUCCUCCAGCUGUAGCACCUAGUGGUCAGAAAAAAGGGGUUUUGAGUAGAGCAGCUGGUAAAGCUUUUUUACUUGGAUUAAAUAUUACAUCAGAAGUUGACCCUGAAAGUACUCACGGUGAACCAGUAUAUAUUGAGACAUCUGAAAAACAACAGGAAGAAACUGUUAUCACAUUACACAUAAAUAGAGCUCAUGCUCAAUUACGUAGAUUGCAUAAUGAGUGUUCAAUAUUGAAGGAUGCAGUCAUAACAGCUAUACCUAGCCAUUGUUCAAAAGUUAUGUUUAAAACUUGUUCUCAAGUAAAAUCUAUAGAGGUUCAGAACAAUGGGAAUAGCGAUAAUGAUGAAAUAUUACUAACCAAUAUUUCAGAUGAAAAAAUGGGUUUUAUUAUGAUGGAAUGUGGUUUUGAAGGAAUUUCUUUUAAAGUUGUUAAAAGAUCAAACUUUGAAAAAGAGAAUGAUAGAGAAAUUAGAGAUGUACCAUCACCUUCUCCAGUACCUGAAUCUACAGCUGGAAAAGUCUCACAUUCUGAAAUUCGUACUAAAAUGGACGACAACCCUGAAUCAAAAGCAAAUGCUUCUAGCAAACAAGAUAUUGGUGGUAAUUCAACACCAAUGGCUACACCUAAACAAGUUAAAACUCCUUCUGAAACCAAUGUUAAUAAUGAAGAUACAAUUGAGGGCACUGUGGUAAAAGUAGGAAUUGAUAAAAACGCAUCAUCUUGUGUUAUGGAAGUAUGUCAAGUUUGGUUUAAUUUUGCUGCACCUCCAUUAACACCAAUCACUCGUAAAAUAGACUAUACAAGACACGACUGGAAUUUACUUAGUACAGCAUCACCAGCUAUUAAUGCAUGGAUGAAUCCUAGUAAUCGUUUGGCUAUGCGUCUUGUGCACAUGCUACGUACUAGAUACAGACGAUGUACAGCAGUUGUAACUUGUUUAAUGGCUGAAACAUUAGAUGUACAAAGUCUUCAUAUACCUUUAAAGAGUCGAUAUAGGCAUACUACACCUUUGGCCAAAACUUUACAAGAAGAUCCUUCCUGUCAAUUAUGUAAUAUAUUGCAAAAAUAUCUUCUUCAGAGUGAUGUAGCCAUUGAUGCUAAUUUAAAAGAUCCAUUUUUACCUAAUUUAUCAAUUUUAAGACAAGGUGUUAUUGUUUUAAGUCGCCAGUGGAAAAACAUUUUGUAUACUCCAUUAUUACUUGAACACAACUUCAAGAGUAGACAUCAUAAUUUAAAACCAUUGAACGUAACUUUUGCAGUUUCAGAUGCUGAAGAGGAUGGGGAGGCUUCUGGGGAAGAAGGCGGAGAAGGAAUAACCGAUGAGUGUGCUAUGCUGCUGACCAGCGAACGUCAUUCGCACGUGUCUACGUUACAACGGGUACUCAAAUCACACACGAGCAAAUGUGGUAUGACAUGGACAAAAGGGAAUUACGGUAACGAGUCUCAUUAUUAUGAUCCAUUUUCUCCGUCUGGUAUAACAGAUCAGCCAAAUGACAGUGUUGCAAUGAGUUCACAUAAUUCAUCCUGUGAUCAACAUAAAAACAAUAAAUCUCUAUUGCCUACACAAAUGCCAGCUUCUUCUAGAGCUAGUGUUAUGUUUCCAAUAUUGGAUGAUACAGUACAGCACACAUACAAGAACAUUGUUGAUGUUCCACUGGGUGACAAUAGCUAUCAAGUUCCAGUCGAGGGGGAAAAUUCAACUUGCAGUGUGGAAGGUAUAAAUUUAUCUCCUCAAAAAUCAGACAGAAAUGAAGAUCUUUAUACUUGGAUGGCAAAACAAGAUUUCAUCAAUCCUGAACCUCGAGUACCCAAUAGGUUGGUCAAAACCAAAAAAUUAAGAACUUGGCGAUUACGUAAAGGACCAUUGCGUGUCUCUGACUCAAAGAAUGCACCAAAUUCAUCUGUUAAUCAAUCAUCAGCGGAUAUUGCUGAAUCAGAUUCAGUAAGAUUUAAUAUAUUUCCAAAGUACGAUUCAUUGCGACUUUUGGAUGCUCACCUUAUUUUUGAACCAUUACUGUCUAGUCUUGGUGUUAUGCCUCAACAAAUGGUUAACCCUAAUUCAGGAAACAAUGGUAUUGCAGCUCUUGAUUCUUGGGGGUCCAAUUUAUCACUUGUAGGUAGUCUUGAAACAAUGCGUAUUGACAUUGUUGUUAGUGAGCAUGGGAAACUUCCAGAAACUGGGAAGAAAUCAAAAUCAUUUAAAAAUAAAAAUAAACCAGAAACUCCAUGGUUAGAUUUAUUACCUGAAGUUCCAGCGUUUUUAUGUGAUCGUGUUAAUAUUGAAUGUGAUGUACGACGUUCUGCGGAUAUGACAGUUGUUGAUGAUAUUCGUAGACAGAGACGUAAUAUGUUAUAUUUGUCUCGAGGUCAGUUAAAGAAACAUUCAAACACAUCGUUUAACAUUUGUGUUUCUGUUAGAUAUAUAUCUCAGCAGGUUAAUAUGCCACUAUUAAGACUUCUUAAUCAAAUAACCAAUAUGUAUCAAAAUGUAAAAGAUACACAAACUGAACUACGUGAACAACAGCCUCAUCAAUAUGUUUCACGCAAUAAUGCCAAACCACCAACAUCUCAAUCAGACCAAUCAGAAGUACCAGUACCUACUCCACCGCCAAUCAAACGAUUCAUACCUCGUUCAGCUAGUGAACUAAAACCUAUUGUAUCACCUUCCCCAUCGAUACGUUCAAAACAUCAAACACUAGCACAAAAAUUAAGAUCCACUGGUAAAAGUGUAAAAGGUUACAUGAAUUUAAAUGAAACUCCAGUGGUCAAUGAAUGUUUGACUCCAAGCUUAUCAGAAUUUGAACGUAUCACACCAAUGAAGCCCAUCGAUGAAGUAGAUUCAAAUAUUGUUUUAAUGACUCCUAGAUGUUGGAAGACUGUUUACCAUUUAUUAGAGUUAUAUGCUACGAUGCCAGAAACAAAAACAGUAACUCAGAGGAUAUCACUUGGUGUAGAUGUAUCAGAAGGAUAUAAGGGUACUAGAAAAUAUGAUAUAUUAUCAGAAGCUAAGUCCUGUGAUGAUAUUGAUAAAGAUGGAUCUACAAGUACUCCAGUACCACCAAUUUCACAACCAAACCUAAGAAUAUCAAAAGAAGAACGUACUAGACUUAUGGUAUUUGUAGUAGUUCGAAUUCAUCGAACUAAAUUAUUAGCGACGUUAAGUGGUUUAAAAUUAGAAGCAGAAAUUACUAAUUUACAUACUAGUUCAACUUUUCGUAAGAAAACACGACCUCCAAGCUUAGAAUGUUCUUUGACUGGACAUAUAGGUCGUACUAUGAUAGUUCUCUUAGAAGGUGUUGCACCCAAUCAACAGACGGUUGUUAAGAUAACUGUAGGUAAAUCACAGACUUUAUAUUCAAGUAUGAGUCGUCGAGCAAAAGAUCAAAAUUCUGGUUUGCUAACCAUUGGUGUUGUCAAUAUUGAUAUUCCUCAACAUCCUGUUGCUCUUCAUGGGAUGAUGACUAGAGGAAGCAAGCAGCUAUCGUCCACUUUACAAGAGCUUAGAGUGGCUCGGACAUCUAGUCGAAUGGGCCGUGUUCCUACAAUUGAUGAAAGUGAUGUACAAGGAUCUGUUGGUCCAUCCAGUAUGGCCACUCAACAAAGUCCAAUGGUACAAAGAGUAUAUAAGGAAGGAGUGAUUAAGCCGCCUGUCUCAGAACACAAUGUCUUGCUUCAGCCAUUGGUCAUGCAUUUUACUGCUGUUAUUCAAUGUUUAACUGUCACUGCUGCCUUGUUGCCUUCUUUACGAGCUCAAUAUAAAAUGGAUCAAGUAACCAGCACUGGAUAUACUGGAAAUAAAGCAAAGUUCAUUAUUGAUUUGCCUCAACAUACUUUGUCAUUUUCAACUAAAAUUCCGGUAACCGAGACAAAUUUACCAUCAGAAGCAAGCUUAGAACUUCCUAAAGUUCAUGUAUCAGCUGAAUACAUACUAGAUGGCGGUUUAAAAACAGGAGAGAAUCAGUUUUCUGGAACAGAUGGUGCUGUUUUACGCCAAGGAAAUUAUUUAAGUGCUGUGGCUGAUAUUGGAGUAUUUGAACAGUCACUUACAACAGAUUUGUUAAAUCAUUUAGUUUUUGUUCAAAAAGUUUUUAUGAAAGAAGUUAAUGAAGUAGUUCAAAAAGUUUAUGGAGGAGAAAAACCUGUUCCUUUAUGGUUAGAAGACAAUGAUACUAAUCGUUCUGCUCCUGUAAAGAGGAUUCUAUUUUCAUUGACAGUCAAAAUGAGGCGUAUAGAACUUACUGCAACAACACCAACAAAUUGUGCUGUUCGUUUGGAAACAGGUUCAGCAGAUUUUCAACUAUCAAAUCGAGUUCAGAAUGUAUCUGGCUCAUCAUAUCAGACAUCUGAACAAGUUAAAAUUUUUGUCAAAGCCCAUAUUGAUGUAAACCUAUCUCUUGGCCAGGUUAUUCGAAAUCCAUUAUUUGAAGAAGCUGAUCCUGAAUUUCAAAGUUUUGCUUUCUUCAAAACUAGAAUAGAGUUACGAAAUGCUUUCCAAGGAGAAAUGGUAGGUGAAGGAGAAGACAAAGAAGUAAUACUUAUCACUUUGCGGAGACCUUUAAUUUAUAUACAACCUAUGGCUGUGGAUAAGGCAAUACUUGUAUGGUUGAAUUAUAAAAAUGCUUAUGAAUAUUGGAAUGAACAAAGGGCAAGUUUAAAUAAAGAAGUAUUAACAGCAACUCAACCUUCAUCAGAAAAAUCGCCAGCUGAUAAAAUAUCGGUGUCUCCAAAUCUGGGAACUAUUUUCUUACAAUUGACUGUGGAGGAUAUGGGAAUUUGUGUGCCAUUGAAUCCUCUCCCCCAAACUACAUGGGGUUUAAAUCGAUCAAUUUUUAUGGACUUUGAGUCAUGCUCUGCUGUAGUUGUUACGUUAGAAUCAACUAGUAUAUCAGCCUGUAGUUCUGGAUCCUUGGUCAGUAAGGGUCGUUUUAUUGGAUUAUGUUUGAGAUUUGCUGAUGAUUUUGAUUCAUCUCUGGAUGAUUGGAAACCUGAUAUAACCAAUGAACUUGUGUCAACUGCCAUGAAUUUAUGCAUUGUGUCAGAAGGAACAUAUGAAGUAUGUAGCCGUACAACUUCUCAAAAGUUAGAUUCUGUUACAGAAAAUGCGAAAUGGUUCUUAAAUGUGAAGUGGCAAAUGGAAGGUGUUGACAUGCAUUUAGAUGUAAAUAUAGGUAAACAACUUAGUGCAUUGGGACAUACGUUAACUGCUUUGACCGGGGUACAAGAUGCUGAUGAUCCAUUAUCAGACAGUGAUCCUAUAUCACAAGAUAGUGAUAUAAUUAGACACAAAUCAAAUAUGGAGGGUGAUAUAUUAUCGUCUUUAGCUAUUGAUCCCACUAUGAAUGCUAAGACUCGGUCGAAAAUUAUUGAAAAAGAAAUGUAUGAACAAGCCAAAGCCAUAAAUGAUCUGCGUUCCUUGGGAGCAUCUCAAGGAACCAUUGAACAUGAAGUAAAACGAUUACGUGAACUGGAAGCAAUGGUCUUCAAAGGGUUUAGAAGGGAUAUGAUUCAGAAAUUAAGAAGACAAAGUGUUAAAGGUAAAUCGACUUUAAAAGGCAAAUUUGGACUUAGCAACAAAAGUUCUACGUAUAGGUCAAAGUCAUUUAUUGUUUCUCCUACCCAAGAGGUAGCAGAAUUCAAAGAAACUCAGAGUCCUGAUGAAGUGACUAGCUUAAGUAGUGUAGAAAAUUCUCCUCAAGCAGGACCACAACGUUCAACAUCAUUUAAGGUAACACAUCCUGGUCAUGUAACAUUCAGUAAUACUAAAGAAAUAUUCCGGCAAAGUUCAUUACCUAGUGCUAGUUCUGAACAGAGUUUAACUACAGAAGGUGAUGAUAGUUGGCCAAAUACAGAUUAUGGCAGGCAAAUGGAUUCUAGGGAUGACUUCUUAGUUAACCCACUUUUCUUAACUGGUGCUACUCAAAAACCACAAGAACCUAAUAUUGAUUUUGAACUUGAUGUAAAAGUUUUUAUUAAUAGUGGAAAAUGUGUAUUACAUACAAAGGAUUCUGUUAAAGAAGAUGAAAUUAAAUUGAUGUCAAGAAUGAAAAAAGAACGUAGUUGUUCUGGUGGUGUAUUUGAAUAUGUACCAGGUAGUCCAAAUUUACCUAGACGUUCUUAUAAAGAUAAAUUAGGUGCAAAUAGUACAUCAAGCUCUCGAUUAAGACACCACCAGACAGUCACAAAUACUCUAUCUCAACUAUCAGAACUAACAAUAUUUCAUAUUCCUGGUCUGGAUUUUAAAGUGCAUUAUGAGUCAAAAAUGGUCUCUGAUGAAGGCCAGUCUCUUAUGUACUCAAUAGACUCAAGUGGGGUAAUUAGUAGGAAAACAAGUACAAAAAAAGCUAGUCUUUACUGUUGGGCUACACUCCAAAGCAUACCAGAAGAAACUAUUAUAUCUCCACACAUACUUGAGUUUCUUGAACAGACUUUGGCACCAAUACCUGCACAACAAUUUGUUGAUACCGGUACAUUUGACACUAUGUUUGCUACAGAUAAUGAUGAUGAUUUAUUUGCACCGUAUUUGACACCUGGACAAUAUGCUUAUACUUCAUUCCCUGUUGAUGUAAUUGUGUAUCUUCAUGUUCAAACAUCAACAUUUAGAUUUUCUUGUUUACCUGUAUCUCGAGUCGAAUGUAUGUUAAAACUGCCAUCAUUGGAUAUUGUGUUUUCUUCUAAAAGAACUGAUUCUUCUAAUGAACUUGAAGAUUAUUACGAAGACUCCAAUAGUUUGCCAGUUGCAGUUGGAGGUUUAAGUAUCACUGGAGUGAUGGCAGAUUUUUCAAUGUAUAUUUUUCAUCCAUAUGGAGGGAAGAAAUCAUCAGCCAAUCUUAAAGAGUCUCAUACUCAUGCAUGGUCACCAUUAGCUGAUGGUGAACGUAAAGAUUCUUUAAGUGUUAAUGUUGAGUUUAUUAAAUUUCAUUUAUCAAGGAGUCGUAAGCUUAAUUUUGAAUCUGUACCUGGACCUAAGACUACAUCUGAUCAAAGUCAUGCUACUAUUCGAUUCUCUACCAUUGUGGAUAUUGGAUCAGCUUCAUUCAAGUAUGAUAUGAGACGUUUGACUGAAAUUUUAGCUUUUCCUCGCGCUUGGUAUAGACGUAGCAUUGUGCGCAGACUAUUCUUAGGGGAUCUUACCAGAACUGUUCCAAGCAGCGUGUAUAGUGACCAUAGUAAUAGCAUGGAACCUGAAGAUUCAUAUGGAAAUGUUGCUUCUGAUGCUAAGGCAAAACCUAGCCGUGAUAAACUUUAUUUAAAUAUUAAAGGUGAUAAACAGCUACCUUUUGAAAAGAAAAAAAUGAAUUCAAGUCAUGAUUCAAGUCCUGACCAAAAAUCAAGUAGUGUUGGCGCAGCAGCUUGGGAAACACUAGUAAUAUUUGCUGUGAAUUUUAAGAGACUUAAUGUACAUAUGAAUAUGGGAAAUGUAAUGGGUAAUGUUACUUGGUUGUCCAAACAAUUUCAUUCUGAAGGUCGAUUAUCCAUUGGUAGUACCGGUCAUAAGAAUAUGCAUAUUGGAUUAGGUCUUGGUGGUUCUGGACUAGAUGCCAAAGGUGGUAUUGUGGGUGGCACAAUUGAAUUAAAUAAAAUCAACACUUAUGUGUUGAUCAGAGAAGAUCCAGGAUCAGAACCUCGUCAUACUGGUGGUUUAAAAUUAUCAGCCCUUGAACUACGUUUAGAUUAUAUGGGUACAGCAGUUCUAAUGUCUCGAGUAAGCUCCCUUGAAGUAGUUUUAAAAGAUGAAUGGAAAGUUCUGAGCAAGGCCAUGCCUACUGAUAGUGCACAUGACUCUAGUAAAAGACCAGGAAUUGUGUUUAUGCAUGGUGACCUUGGUUGGGACCAAUUGCAAUUGAUGAUUUCUAAAAGCACAUCUUCAGAUAUUAUGAAAAUGUAUUAUAAGCUGGAAGAAUUCUUUUCCCAGCAGUUUAAAUCUAGUAAAAGAGUUUUCUCAAGUCUUCAAGAUCCUAGAGAAUCUAUUAGUAAUGAAAAAAGUUCUAAAAAGAAAGCAGUUAGAAGACGCAUAUUAACAUCAACCUCUAGUCCAGAAAAUCUGAGUCCAGAUGAAUGUAAACACCAUCAUCGGCAUUGGCAACGAGCAUUAGAAGCUGUGUCUGGACUACGAUUAUCCACAUUAAAAUAUCCUUUGCCGCAUUGGGGUACUGUUUUAGGAGGAAAAAUGGAUUUACAUGGUGUCAAUAUAUCUUUAGCAUGCUUCCAUGGUAUUAAUUUUAAAUCUAAGUCCUGGGCACUGUUUUCUUUAAAAGAACCAUGUAUAUCAUUUGCUACCGAAGCACAUGAAAUAUUUAAUUUUGGAGAUUCUGGACCAUUAUGUAGAGAUGACUUGGAUAUUCAUAUUGUACAAAAUCUUACCUUUGGCUUGGGUAUGGAAGGUACUGUUAGACCUCAACACAGUAUGGCAACUGUGUGUAAAUUUAGCCGUAAUGUUUUGUUUCCACCUCAGUUCAAAACUAUCCAAGAAUGGUUUAACUAUGCAUUUGCAAUGAGUGAAAUAGAUGAAGUGGACCGUUUUCCGACUUUGGAUCGCGAGAAACAAGAUACAACUGAGUUAGCACCACGUUCACGUACACCUAAGCCACAAGAAAAUCUUACGCAUACACGAGAAGUCAUAUUUGCAUUACCUACUUUACAGUUAAAUCUCAAGACUGACCAUACCCAACCCGUUAAGUUACCCUCACCAUGUGAUAUUAAACCUACUAUCGAGUGUAGUUUUAUCACAGAGUUUGAAGACCAUAUUUUCGUUACUGUAGAUGCGGAAGCUUUUUUCUUUCUGCAUGAUCUCAUUACAUCUUAUAUUUUGGAAAAAGAUAAAGUAUCUUCUAUGGCUAAUCGACCACAAAGUCCAGAUACAUCUAAUAGUGGUAACUCAAGCUUACCUACCAUGGAAACUCAUCAAUCAUUUACUAAUGAUUGGAGGGAUUAUAAUUGUACUACUUGGCAUUUAGAACCAACUGUUCGAUUAUUAUCAUGGGGAGGAAAAAGUAUUGAGCCUUAUGGCGUAGAUUAUAUAUUACAAAAGCUUGGUUUUUCACAUGCUCGAACAACUAUACCAAAAUGGAUGCAAAGAGGGUUCAUGGAUCCAUUGGAUAAAGUACUCUCUGUGCUUAUGUUACGUAUGGUUGCUAUAGCACGAGAAGAGGAUGCCAAUAGAAGGGGUGAUCCUGCAUAAGACAUAAUUAAAAAAUUAAUUAUAACCAAUAACUAUUCCCUAAUGGACGU